UAAAAACAGGCAAUUACGGUUUCACUUCUAAAAUAAAACAAUACAUGGGACAAUGCUGACGUAAUGCCUGAGUCAUCCAUGCUCUUUGACUUUGGUCGGCGCUGGCCCGCCCAUCAGACGUUGUGACAGCACAGGCCGUGUUUCCAGGUGCUGUUGCAGUGAAGAUGGACUUUAGAACUAGUUGUAAUGGCUUAUUGGCCUUCUGAAGCUAGCUAGCUUUGUCUCGGAGGUUUGUUUUUCCCUGUCAAAUCUCCGCGAGAAGGGAGCGAGAACUGGGCUAGCUUCACAAAGACCACAAAAAUGCACCCUGACUCGGAAUUGAGAAUUUGAACUGCAUCGCUGGGAUAAAUCAUUAAUGUGGUCAUGGCUGGGCUGAUCAAGAAACAGAUCCUCAAACACCUCUCCAGGUUUGCUAAGAACCUGUCCCCAGACAAGAUCAACCUGAGCACACUGAAGGGUGAGGGCCAGCUCACCAACCUGGAGCUGGAUGAGGAGGUACUGCAGAGCAUGUUGGACCUGCCCACCUGGCUGGCCAUCAACAAAGUGGGCUGCAACAAGGCUGCCAUCCGGAUCCCAUGGACCAAGCUGAAGACCCACCCCAUCUCUCUGACCCUGGACAAGGUGGUAAUGGAGAUGAGCACCUGUGAUGAGCCCCGCCCUCCCAACGGCCCGUCUCCCAUAGCAACAGCCUCGGGGCAAAGUGAGUAUGGCUUUGCUGAGAAGGUGGUGGAGGGCAUCUCUCUGUCCAUCAACUCCAUUGUGGUGAAGAUCAGUGCCAAGGCGUUCAACGCCUCCUUUGAGUUGAGCCAGCUGCAGGUCUACUCUGUCAACACCAGCUGGAGCCUGUCAGACCUCCGCUUCACACGCAUACAGGACCCACACAGAGGAGAGAUCCUGACGUUUAAGGAGAUCAGCUGGCAGAUGAUCCGCAUCGAGGCGGACGCCAUCCAGAGUGCCCAGAACGAGAUGCUGAGUGCCCCCAUCCGCCUCAUCACCAACCAGUCCAAGAUCAGAGUCACCCUGAAGAGACGGUCCAAGGACUGUAACGUGGUGGCCUCUAAGCUGAUCCUGAUCCUAGAUGACCUGCUGUGGGUGCUGACUGACUCCCAGCUCAAAGCCAUGGUCCAGUACGCCAAGUCACUCAGCGAGGCCAUGGACAAGUCUGCUCAGCAGAGGAAGAGCAUGGCCACCGAGGACCAGGAGUCGUCGGCGCCCCCUUCAGCCCAGCAGGUGCGUAGCCAGCAGGUGUCGUCAGGCACAGCGGCUGACCAGAGCGCCACCAUGGCUAAUCUGUUCGCUGCCUUCGAUGUGUGUGAGACCUCCCACCACCUGCAGAUCACACACCUCGACCUGCACAUCUGUGAUGACAUACACGCCAAGGACAGAGGAAUCCAUAAGAGGUAACUGGUGGGGCCUAUGCAGCUCUCCUUCAGUCACAUUACCCUGGACUACUACCCCUCCCACAGAGCAGGUGAGAGUUGUCUCCACUGGAUGCAGUACAGUGAGGCCACUAAGGCCAGGGAGGGCUGGGCCAGGAGUCUGCUGGAGGAGUUCAAGUCUAACGUGGAGAUGUUGAAGACCGCCAAGAGAGACCGGGAUGGCCCGGCCAACUCUCACACCUCACCACAGCACGGUAAGAUCAGUACUAGUUCUACCAGUAUCCUCAGUUCUCCCCAGACCCCCAGGACGCAGCUCCUGUCCAGCUCCAUUGUCCUCAGGAUAGCUGACUUCAGCAUCUACCAGGUGUCCACAGCAGACCAGCGUCGCUCCAGCCCUAAGGCCAUGAUCUCCUGUAAUAAGAAGUCCCUGUAUCUCCCUCCUGAGAUGCCUGCCAUCCACGUCGAGUUCACCGAAUACUACUUCCCUGACGGAAAAGACUACCCCAUCCCCUGCCCCAACCUGUAUGUUCAGCUGAAUGCGCUGCAGCUGGUGCUGGACCCCAGGAGCCUGGUGUGGUGCAACCUGUUUACGCUGGACCUGAGGCAGAGCCUGGAACAGUUCAUGGAGCUCUACAAGCUCAAUGACGAGGAACAGAAGCCUGACGAGCACAUCGACAUCAGGGUGGACGGACUAAUGCUGAAGUUGGUAGUGCCCACGGACAGGGACCCCUCCUAUCCCCAGGACCUCCCCCGCUCCGUCUCCGUCCAAUGCUCGGAGAUGGUGGCCACCAACACCCGCCACCCCCCCAACUGCUCCCGCUCCCACCUGGAAGCCCUCCUCCUCUCCUUCCAAGAACAACAGUUCUUCUCCACCUCCUUUUCCUCCUUCCCUCGCUCCUCCACCUCCUUCCCGGUGAUCCACCCCGUUUUCCAGCGCCAUGCGCAUGAGCAGGACACUAUGUUGCACAAUGUGUAUAAAGGGUUGGUGUCGCCCUCAUUGGGCGUGGAUGCCCUCAAAAUGCCAGCUGCCACAGACUUGUGGGCGGUUCAUUUUGCCCAGUUCUGGGUGGACUACGAGGGGACGCGCGGCGGGAAGGGGCGGCCCCAGCCCUUCGUUGACGCCUUCCCCCUCACUCUGUGGGCGUGCCAGCCGGUCAGACACGCCCAGCACCAGGAGCGGCUAAUGGGCGGGGCUUCGAGAGGGCAGAGAACGCCCCUUGCUGCAGGCCUGGCCAGGAGCGAGCCUGUGGAUACCGUAGGACGUCUGCAGAGGAAGAGGCUUUUGAAGGAGUACUAUAGUACUGUUACGGACGCCACGGCAACAGAGGCCUCACUGCCACCUAGCAACGGGCUUCACAAGCCACUGUCCCUGGACAACAUCCCCCCACCUUCCUCAUCUUCCAGUAAGGAGGCAGACAUGCACAUGUUAGUGCACAUACAGAAGCAUUUGAGUGCUCAGGUGAGCCACAGGCAGUACAUGUUCCUGAUGCGGCUGCAGCGCAGCAUCAAAGCCUUGCAGCACACCCUGCAACAGGACCUGGAGGGGAUGGGCUCCAAACGAGACAAGGCAAAGACCACAUCGGACCCCCCUCCAGACCACCAGCCCUUCAGUGCCUGUGUGGGGAUCCUGCUCAAAAGUGCGGAGAUAGCUCUCCUCUUGAAGCCGGUCCCCCAGCCCGAGGGUCCUGGUUCCCCCCUAGGGUCGGAGUUGUCCCCCUCGGAGAGUAGAUGCACCUUGGAGACUGGGAGUGACGGAGGGGAGGGGGGAGAUAAAGGAACCCACGUAGAGGGGGCUGGGACAAAGGGAAGCUGUACAGUGGACCAGCUUAUGUGUGGGGUAGAGGGUGGGAUAACGCAAGGCCCCGCCCCUCUCAUCCCUGCCUCUGCCCCCAACCUGAAGGCGUCUUUUGAUCAAAGGACAGGGAGAUCGAGUUCAGAGGAGUUGGGAGAGGCUAUCCUGGAGGCCCGGACUGGGGGAGAGGAGCCGGGGACCGUAGUUGAUUAUACAGCCCAGCAGGGUGAGUUCUCCAGGGCAGACCCCACUCUCUCAGACCCACUCUCCACCAAAGACUGGAACGAGAAGAACCCUGGGGCCAGACUGCCUGAGUCUAUGUCCAGGAAAGGCAGUCUGUCAGUGGUUUCUGACCGGCUCAGCUCCACAAACACCCGGUCCACCUCCCUUUAUUCUAUUUCCAACAUUGGGCGUCUGAUGAGGGAGCGUUCCCAGUCCAGUUUCUCAGUGUCCUAUAAGAACAUGAAGAAGACUCCGUCUCUGCAGUCCUUGGACAACCUCUCCAUAGACAGCUACCUGAUGGAGGACGGAGACACAGACACAUACAGCCUGCUGGAGAGGGACGACGUGUCCAUCUCAGGCUUUAAGGAUGUGGUGAGGGAGCAGAGUGCCACAGAAAUUGCCAAGGAGGCAGCAGCAGUAGCGGCCAUGGGCACAGGGGAGCAGGACGGUGCUGGCUCACCAGAUACUGUCAGUGCCACCUCCCAGAGCAUCGACGAACCUACCAAAGACAUGGUGUCGGUGCUGGUACUGAAGGUGCAGUGUGUGUGUGGGGGGAUGGAAGUGCGAGGGGAGAGCACAGCUGUAUCUCUGGAGGUGGGCUGCGUCAGACCCACACAGCUGGGAAACGUCAGCCUCCGACAAUACCUCAGCAACCGCAGCCUGGGUGGUGGUCUGGAGGCCAAUUCAGACGGGACUACCCAUCUCCCGGAGGUCAGGGCUCGGCUGGAGAGCGGGCCCUGUGCCGCCGCCCACUCCCCCCUGGCCGAGACCAACGGUUUCCUCCAGCUGCGUCUCCGCGGCUACCGGGCCAGCUUCCUCAUGUCGUCGCUAAGGAAUCUGGCUCACUUCCUGGAGGAUGACUCCGCCCCCCAGGUCCUUCCGAUGGAGAUCAGCGUCAGGGACACACACAUCGACCUGAAGGAUGAUGGUCUCCGUGACAACCCGUCUGACCCUGAUCCCACCCCCAUCACCCUGCACAUCUCCAACCUGCUCAUCCACAGGACCGACGAUGGAGCCUUCUCUAUUGGGGUGGAAAAUGCGUCUGAGGCGGGGCCUAAGAAAGAAGUCCAAUUGAUUGACAGCGGUCUGUCUCCAGUCCCUGAGAGUGUGGUCAGCAGCACUCCCAAGGCCACACAGACCCCCGGCCCUCCUAGCCCUAGCACAACCCCCUCCAACAAAGAACAGCUGCUGAUAGAGGAGAACGAGUGUUUGAAACUGGAGCUCUCCAAAGCCAAGAUGGCUCUAGCUGAGGCCCAAAUGGAGAAGGACUCCCUGUUGCACCGCAUGAAGAGUCUCAAAGUGAGCAACAGCUAGGGUAGGCCACCAGAGGCCCAGUGACCACCAGCCUGUAGUGCUGCAUAUCACCACAGGGGGGAAGCAGAGAGGAGAGGGGGUGCUGGAUACUGGAGCUACUUGAUAUAGCAUCACACAAGUAUUAUUCAAGCAUCAGCCAGGUCAUUCAAGCCUGUUCUUAUGAAGAACUGGUCACCUAAGAACUAGACCACACACACACAGUCCAUGAAGUCUACUCCUUAACACACACACACACGCAGUCCCUGAGAACUAGAGUGGGGCUACUUUUUCACUACCACCCUCAUCUCAGGAACUGGAGAGUGGACAGUUAGACUUUCAUCCCCUCCUCGAUACAGUGCUGCCGUGUCGUCCCUGGGCUGGGACUAGGACUGCAGUACACAUGCUUGUUUUACAUGCUAGUUUUACAUGAUUGUUGUGCUUGUUUUGAGUUUCUCUCUUUAUGCAGUAAGUUAGUGUUCAGUCUCUCCAGUAAUCCGACUCUGCAAGCCAGAGCAGCCUCCUAAAUAUGGGAGCAUAAGGAGGGAUGUAGGGGAGAGGGGACAAAUCUAAAUUAAACAGCCCUCAAGUGGAAUGGAGGGGCUAGGGAGGUGGGGUGGGAGUCCUGAAUGUUAGGCUUGGGGGAAAAGUUGCCCUCCCUGAAUCGUUACCUUAAAUAAGAGAAACAAUGCAAAAAUGGGCAACUUUAUCAAGCAUCAUAUUUUUGAGGAGCAUAUUCUAUAUGUAAUGACCUUUGAUGGGAGGGGCUUGCCUGGGUGGGGUGAGACACUGAAUGUCAUAACUAUGGAGGAAUGUUUUAAAAAUACUUAUUUUGCACUGCGCUGAAACUGAACAUGUAAUUUGGUGCUUAUGGAAAAAAAUGUAUCUAGCGCUGAACCAAUUGUAUUUGGUGUGUGUGUAUGGUAAUGUACUUAUGAUGGGCAAAGCGUACACAAUGUUUUCUACAGAAUUCUGAAUGGUUGUGCAGUGUGUUUUCAACAUGUAUUUGUCAUGUAACUAAAACAAGCAUUUAAUUUAAUUGAAAAGGAAAAUCUACAAUUCUAUAUUUUCACAUGUACUUUUCUUCCAUUCCAUCUAGUUGAUGUCUACAAUGCCCAUAAUGUCCCACUGCACUGUUUAUUCCCCACUAUUUUUCUACAUGUAAAUAGCUAGUUGUGUGUCCAGCACUUUUGAACUAUAUUCAUUGUAAAUACGAUCCCUGUUCGAAAGCAUCAUCCAAUCCAGUUGAGAACACUACCCUGUCAUCUCUCGAUUAUCCAAUGAGUGGAAAGAACACUAAUAUGGAGAGCAAGUUACUAUCUCUAUUCUCCUAUGAGGAUAAAGCCGGGGGUGUAUUCAUUAUUCGAAUUCCUUUACAUAAUGUAUUUUCUGUUGAAAACGUUUUGCAACUAAAAACAUUUACCCAAACAGAAAACGUUUUGCAACGAUUGGACAAAUUCAGGGAGGCCCCCCCCAUUGGUUCCGUUUGCGUUGUUUGCUUCCAUUUAGUUCCUAGAGUAAAUGGUUUCCGUAGCAAAACGUUUUUUGCAAAGGUCUGCGACUAAUGAAUACAGCUUUCGCCUACCCUCUGCCGAGCCCAUCACCGGACCAUCCGGUUUUAAGGGGAAAUGGAAAAAGCCUGUGACGCGACUGCCACUUUUGAUCAUUAACAAGGUAACGCUCCAUCUUCUCCUCCACAUGUACUGGAUUGGUUGAAUGGUGCAGAAGAGAACCUCCCUGACCCCCCCCCCCCCCCCCCUCCCUCCCUUCUUGUCAAGAUUUGUUGUAGAAGAUCCAGUUUCAGGUGUUUAUUUUACUCCUGCUACGUUAGGUAACUCCUCCCAGUGCAGGAGGGGAAACACAGGCAUGUGCUUUUCUGUGCGUGCAUUCUAUAUUUGCAUAAUCCUACAUGUAGUUUUUCACCAACGUGAAGUCGUGCCCAUAUCUGCUGCACCAUUCUUGUCUGUUGGGGAAGCCUUGGCGUGUUGUAGAAUAGAGCUUGAUUUCCCCUUUGGAACAUGCUUUUGGCUCACACACAAUUCAGUCAGAAGGCAGUUCUGUCUGAAGCAUCACGUCUUACACAGGGACGUUUCCAGUAGUAGCAUGAGAUUUGCUGACAGAUUACAAUGGCUUGCCUCUCUUUUAAAGGUGCAGUCUGCAGGUUCUCUGUCCCGUAUGGCAAUGAGAUCAAGUAAAAACACAACUACCCUAAAACAAAACCGAAGAAGGUAAAGGUAGUUCUGUUUACACCAAAGAUGGCAACUGGUCUUAAUUUGGUUUUCACUGGCAGGCUCACACGAAUGACCCCAUCCUAGUCCUUCAAAAAGGGCAGUUUGGGAAUACAUACUUUUUCUACUUUAAAGUCGUUAACUAUCCAAAUUGUGGACCUAGCUCAGCCUAGGUCUAGUUCAGUCCAGCUGAAUGUCUUUACAAGCUGUGCUGUCCUCUCUCCCCAGCUCUCUCUACCUUGAUACGAUGCUGGUUCACUUACCUGCUCAACACUGACAAGACUUGAAUGGCAGUUAGGAUUUGAAUGCUUGAUUGUACUUUAAAGGCUGCCCUCUCUGGAGUUUAUAACUUUCUCAUCCACUUCCUUGUCCGAAUUGACCCGCCCCCUCAUUACAAUAGCUCCUCCCUUGACCUGCUCAGCUCCUGAACCUGUAUACAAAAAGAAAAGGAUUUGUAAUAUUUGUCUGUCAAAGCUGCUGAGCUACUGAUGAAAAAUAAAAAGGUAUCCAAUCAAAAAUGUC